UAUAGUUGUGCAAGUUGUUUAGUUAUAGCAGUUCUUUGGUGUAGUUUGAGAAUAACUGUCAGACUAAAUAAGCACACCCUCUGCAAAUGAUAUGCAAAUUUUACAAUAGUAAUGCAAGAAUAGACUUUCUAACAACAAUUCACUUUUAUUUCUUGAAAAUAUUCAGCUAUAUUGGACUUUGAUUAAAAAAUAUGAUCAAAUGUUAUCAAAAAUAUAGGCCGUCUUAGAGUGGCCUGAAAGAUGGGGGUCUUUCUCUCUUACUCUAAAAUCACACACACACAUACAUACAUACAUACAUACAGCCACUUCAUGACUCAUGCUGUUUGACAAAGAUGCAAUUUAGCAGUGAGCUUUGCGGGUGGGGGGGGGGAGGCUUACAGAUGUGUUGGCGUGUCCCUGAAAAAUAAAAAUAGAACUCCAUAGGAAAAGCUCUAGUCGGUAGGAAGAGAAGCAGGAGGCCAGCCAUUGUGGGUCGGCAGUACAGUGAGAAAGGGAGAUGGCUGGAAUGGCGUGUAUUUUAUAGCAUGCUAUUUGUAAUAGCAGCAUACCAAAUAGAGAGAAGCGGAGGAGGGCAGAAUGCAGGACAAAGAGGUUUCUCGGAGCAGAGACCCGGGCAGGAAGGCUCACCCAGCACUUAAAGCCUUUAUGUGUGGCUCUCUCAGCGGCACCUGCUCUACGCUGCUCUUCCAGCCUCUGGAUCUGAUCAAGACACGGCUGCAGACCGCGCAGAACAAUGCCACGUCCGGUGCACCAAAGGUGGGGAUGUUUACCGUUCUAAUCAACGUUAUAAGGAAGGAGAAUUUCUUCAGUCUGUGGAAGGGAGUGUCACCCUCAUUUGUCCGCUGCAUCCCCGGCGUGGGAAUCUACUUCAGCACCUUCUACUCCCUGAAGCAGCACUACCUUCUGGAGCGGGAACCCAACGCCGGCGAGGCCGUCCUGCUCGGAGCGGGCGCCAGAGCCGUGGCCGGCAUCUGCAUGCUGCCGUUCACCGUCAUCAAGACGCGCUUCGAGAGCGGCUGCUACAACUAUGGGAGUGUGGCGGGAGCUCUGAGGAGUGUGUAUAAGACGGAGGGAAUCAGGGCUCUGUUCUCAGGGCUGACCGCCACGCUGCUCCGAGACGCUCCGUUCUCCGGCAUCUACGUCAUGUUCUACAGCCAGGCCAAGAAGGCGCUGCCUCCAGAGGUGACGUCGUCGCCUUAUGCCCCUCUGGUGAACUUCAGCUGCGGGGUGGCGGCGGGCGUCAUGGCGUCGCUGGCCACGCAGCCAGCGGACGUGGUGAAGACCCACAUCCAAAUCAGCCCGUCCCACUGGAGCACGAUGGACGCCAUCCGCUACGUCUACACGGAGCACGGCGCCGCCGGGUUCUUCCGCGGGGCCGUGCCCCGGUCUCUGCGUCGCACCCUGAUGGCGGCUAUGGCCUGGACUGUCUACGAGCAGCUCAUGGCUCGGAUGGGCCUCAAAUCCUGAAGAGCCUCGCCCGCCGCCGAGGCAUCACGACGGACGUUAUUUUCUCCCCGAAAGCCCCGCAAAAAAAAGGGAAAAUGGCACCGAGAAACGAAGCAGCACAACCAAGUUUUUAAGAAAUAAUAACCAGGUGGAUAACUGCGUGUGGGUGCUGGUUGUCAUUUUAAUGUUUGUGAAAAACGUGCCUGUCUGUGUCCGUCCGUCUGAGAUUGUGAUGUUACACCCGACUCACUCUUAAUGUCAACCUGUGGCUGAAGCGACACUCCCUGCUGUGAAGGGAACUUGUUCCCGCUCUCACUAUUUAUGUUUGGACCCCCUGAGGUCUGGCCCACAUCUAAAAAGAAAGCGGCUGUGGGACUGCGACGAGGUGCUUUUAAAAGGCCGUCAACACGACCGGGGGUGUGAAAGCCGGCUGGUGAGGCGACAGCACAGGGAAGCUGUGCAGGGGAAGAGCUCUGGCUCCUGCCAUAUAUUCAAAACUCACAUAGAAUCGAGCAUAGGAUGUGUUUUUUAUUGCCAAUUAACCCACAGACUUGGUUAUUUAAUUCAGACAAUCCCGAGCCCUCACACUUCAGCACUAUGGGAAGGCCUUCGGUUGCCGUACCGCUCGGAACUGUGAUGCUUGCUCCUGAACCCAAAUGUGAGUUUUAAUGAAGUAACGAUAGUCCGUCACAUGUGGGCUCAAGACAACUAGCACAUAAACAUUCGGGCCUGGCAUUUUAGUCGGAUCAGGAUUUUGAGUUUGAUCAUUUGAAAUCCUUUUUUUUAGCAAACAAACAGCAAAGCACUUUGCACUUUUCCUUAAACAUUAAGUUGAUAUUUCUUUGACGGAAUCAUCAAUGAGCUUCUAUGUUCAUAAAAGUUAUAAAGAAUCUUUCCUAGAGAAUGUGGAUGUUUUCAAGCAUCUUCUUGGCUUUGUAAAUAUGACCCUAGAUCCAGAUUUAUUGGUUGUAGCAAACAACGGCCCUGUUUUUAUGUUCAUUGUACAGUCUUAUUUUGCUUUAAAUAUUUAUUACUGUUGAGUGAUCUAUUGAAAAUGAUUAUAUUUAGAAAUAUAGAAUAUUAGAAAUGAUGCCAAAUGGAAGAUGACUUGAGUAGAUCUGUGUAUCUUGAUGUGCUCACUGGUGGCGUAAUUAACACAGGGAAGUUUAACCUUGUUGAUUAUCUCCAUCAUAACUCCUCUCCUGUGGUCUUCAUUGAGCCUCUGCUGUGACCAUCGUGUUUUGCUCUGAGUGUGUUUGCUCAGACAGACAUUGUGCCCUGCUGACUUUUAAUGUGGAUAAAUUCUCAUUUUUCAAAAUGCUCUGAAUUUCUUUUA